ACGGCCAGGUGUGCUACCAGCACCAGCACGCGCGUCCCGCCAUGCACCGGUCAGGAUCAGUGCCCUCUGGCCACAGCCACGGCGGGAUGGACGUCACUGACCACUACAUGAGCAGUGGACAUUCGGACACCUACCCGUACCACUGUCCCAAUGUCGGGGACGGGCCGGUUAUUGUGCAUAACAAUGACAGACAAAUGCUCGCCUACCCCCCGUUCGGCGUUCCCCCCAGCAUUCCCCCCGGGGGCAGCUACACCCCCUCUCAGGAUUACCGCUACUAUUCCAAGUUCAGCUCAGCCGGCAGUCGCAUGAAGAAGAAGCUGAGGCAGAGGUGUACUUGGAGGUGCACGGCCUUCAUUCUGCUCAUCAUGUGUGUCGCGCUGCUCGCCUGCACCGGCUAUUUCGCUG